GGUACUUAUUGACCCGCUGAGCCUCGUCCCUCUCGGACUAGUAUCGCCCCGGCGGACAGUUGCGGUAGUCUUCUGCCUCGGACGUAAAUUCAUUCCUCGGACCCGUAACCUGAACAUAAACUCCGGGAUGCCUUCGAACGUACAGGGAGGGAAAGCCUUCGGUCUGCUGAAGGAGCAGCAAAGGUCCAAAUUGGAAGAAAUAAACAAGGAAUACCUGGAAGACCAGAAAUACAGGGAUGAAGAAGACCUGGCCCAAAAACUGGAGGGGCUCAAAAAUAAAUAUUCAGAGUUUGACCUGAAUGACCAAGGAGAGAUCGACAUGAUGGGUCUGAAGCGCAUGAUGGAGAAGCUCGGGGUGCCCAAGACCCACUUGGAGUUGAAAAAGAUGAUCGUGGAGGUGACUGGAGGCAGCAGCAGCAACACCAUCGACUACAGGGACUUUGUGAAGAUGAUGCUGGGCAAGCGCUCUGCCGUGCUCAAGCUCAUUUUGGUCUUUGAGGACAAAGCCAACGGCGCCACCUGCAAACCGGACGGCCCCCCCCCAAAGCGGGACAUCUCCAGCCUGCCUUAACCGCGGGGGCUCAGCCCUCCGGACGGACACUUGAAGCGGGGGGGGGGAGUGUUGUGUUCGUGUGGGACCUGGUGGUUCGGGGGUGUUGCGUCGUUGCGUGCGUGUGUGUGCGUGUGUGUGCGUGUGUGUGCGUGUGUGUGCGUGUGUGUGUGUGCGUAAGCAAGCUGUUUUGUCAUUUCGGAGGUCCCACAAGCCACUAAACGAUGUUUGACUGGGAAUAUUAUCAUUCAUCCUUUAUUUUUUUGUAUGUAGAUGUAGCAUUAGUAGUCGUACUUGUAAUCGUUAUGUCAUGGAUACAUUUUAAGGGAAGACUUCCAGGCUUCAGACGUGUGCUUUUACCGUUUUACAGAGAGUGGGAUGCUUCCAGGGAAGCACAAGAACAAGAAGCACCACAUAUUUUGCACUGUUCCCCCCCCCCCCCCCGUGUCGUCUAGUUAUCGAAAACCGCGAGGCUGAACCGCUGAUCUGGAAUCAGUACCCGGCUAACUAUGGUCACCUGGUGAUCUCGUAAUAUUUUUGUAGACUACUGUAGCGCGAAGCGUUGUCAAUAUUCCUCUGUCAAGCCAAGUGUGAGUGAAUAAGAUCAUGUUGACUGUUUUUUUUUUUUUUUUUUUUUUUUUUUUUGGAAUCUGUAAGGUUCAGCACAUGUGCAUUCUGGAGGGAGUGUGAUUUACAGGCGCACACACACACACACACACACACACACACACGUGUGUAACAAAUGUACAUAAUAUACUCCACACAGUACAAUCAUAUUCUUUCCAAGUGCCUCGACAUGCAGAUGCUGUGGAGCUCAAACACACCGCUUGAACGAGGAGGCCGUGCCGCAGCAGUCCUCUUGGUUCACCAGUUACAGGAAGAAAUGUUCUUUGUUAUUUGGUGGCAUAGUUUUGGUUACGUUUGAAGUCUAUUAGUAUUGUAUUUCCACUACAUUUUGAGUGAGGUGGUCUUUUCCUUUUUUUUUUUUUUUUUGUUAACAUUAUUUAAAGCAUUAUUUUUGUUAGGUUACCUUAUAUUUCAUACAUGUGUUCAUCAUUUUUUUCCGGCCCCCUCCCUCCCUCCCUUUUGUUGAACUGCGUUCAUUGUCCUGUGAAUUCUGUUAUUUGUGCCUCAGUGUUGCUGUAACUCACGCUACUUACUGUGAAUUUGCUACUUGUAGUGUUUUUAAUCCACAUAACGUGUUUUUAAACUAUUACUUGUCUGACGGGUGUAUUUUUAAUGUUGUUGAGAUGCACAUUGUUUGCAGACACCAAAGGAAUUAAAAUUAUUCUUACACUGG